UUUCCCCCCGUGUUUGGUUCCGUCGAUCUCUGUGCAGAAAUCGCCACUUUCUCCCAGUUCGCCGGUCCGCACUGAGCAGCAGGAAUAUGCUCAUGAAGGAGUACCGGAUCUGUAUGCCUCUGACAGUUGAAGAGAAUUGGACAGCUGUACAUGAUCAGCAAGCACAGCCAUGAGCAGAGUGACCGAGGGGAGGGUGUGGAAGUGGUGCAGAACGAGCCCUAUGAAGAUCCCAACCAUGGCAAUGGUCAGCUAACAGAAAAACGAGUCUAUCUCAACAGCAAGCUGCCUAGCUGGGCUAGAGCGGUUGUUCCCAAAAUAUUUUAUGUCACAGAGAAGGCCUGGAAUUAUUAUCCUUACACAAUCACAGAAUACACAUGUUCGUUUUUGCCUAAAUUCUCCAUUCAUAUAGAGACAAAAUAUGAGGACAACAAAGGAAGCAAUGACAGUAUUUUUGACAAAGAAGCUAAAGAUCUGGAGCGAGAAGUCUGCUUUAUUGAUAUUGCCAGCGAUGAGAUUCCCGAGCGCUAUUACAAGGAAUCAGAGGAUCCCAAAUACUUCAAGUCACAGAAAACUGGGAGAGGCCAAUUGAAAGAAGGCUGGAGAGAGACCCAUCAGCCAAUCAUGUGUUCCUACAAACUUGUGACUGUGAAAUUUGAAGUCUGGGGACUUCAAACCAGAGUAGAGCAAUUUGUACACAAGGUGGUCAGAGACAUCCUCCUGAUCGGUCACCGGCAGGCGUUUGCCUGGGUGGAUGAGUGGUAUGACAUGACAAUGGAUGAAGUCCGAGAGUUUGAACGAGCCACUCAGGAAGCUACCAACAAGAAGAUUGGGAUUUUCCCACCGGCAAUAUCUAUCUCUAGCAUUUCCACGCCUUCCUCAACCCGCAGUGCUCCAUCUAGUGCUCCAUCAACCCCUCUCUCCACAGAUGCUCCUGACUUCCUAACAGUUCCCAAAGAUCGGCCUCGGAAAAAGUCUGCUCCAGAAACUCUCACUCUUCCAGAUCCAUCAAAAAAAACCUUUUAAAUUAACCCUGCAUGUUUCCUCCUGAUAAGCCAUGUCUGCCACAGGAAGAGUGACAUAACUCAAUUGCUACCAAGGUCGUGGUGGUUUGUUGGUUGGUUUUUUUGUUUGUUUCAGAUAAUCUUUCCGGUGUGGAAAGAUGACUCCUUUCCUCAGACUUGAUCCUUAAAACCUUCUGAAAAGUGCAUGCAAGAGAAAGUAGUUUAUAUAUUCCUAAAGUAGUGUUUCAAGCCAUAUGGUGCAUCUUACUGACACCAAUGGAACAGUCUGAGGGGAUGCUAUAAACGAAAACCAAUCUUUCAGUAGCAGUAUUCUGCCUGCAAACCCUCAUCUAGGUCACAGCAUUUAUAAUUAGGAGUAGGUAUUAAGUAAAUCUGCCAAGGACUUCUGAGGCAAAGUAGUGCCAACUAGAAUGCAGGGUUAACAGAAAAAAAAAACCCUUCCAUUUUCUUCUUUUAUAACAAAUUUUAAAAUCUUUCCCACUCUCAGGCUUCUCCUGUGUUCAUAAACCUUUGACCUGUAACUCAUUGUACUUGAACACCAACAGAUCCACAUUUUGCUUAAUAUGACUCAGGAUUUGGGGCCUAAAACACGAAACACAAAUAUUUUCAAACCUAAAAUAUCACUGUAUCAAAGCCCCAGUUGUAAUUAAUUAUACUGACUUUGAGGCCAUUGAACUAUUUCUACCUUGCACAGAAUUUGUAACAGGAACCACCUAUUUCUUGUAGAUAAUGUAUUUUACUAGCUCUCCCCUGUCCUUUUGUGAGCUCAGAGUGUUGGUGUUCAUCAGUGGUGUUCUGUGGCAUUGGAAAAAGCUGAAUUGUGCCAGUUGAGAAACAAAAGCAAUGAAUUCUGUCUUUUCCUCGCUGGAUGAAGAGCAGUAGUCAGGCUGGGAGACCUUGAAUGCAAAGGGAAGAAAACAGGAGACUCCUUUUUCUUCCUGCCUCGCAUCUCUGCUAAACAGAACAAUCUGACAGAGAGCUGGGUCCAGGCACUGCCUCCUUUGGGGAAGGGGGACAAAAUCAGUCACUUCAAAAAGCAAACCAGUCGUGGGUGCUGUCGAGGAACCAGAAGUGGUCUUCCUGGUGUGUGUGUGUGUGAAAUCACUCCUCAAUCUCAGGAAUUCAAUUGCUGACAAGGAUGUUUCCCAGAGGGAAGUGUAGAUGGUGGGAGAAGGAGAAAAAUAAAUGGCAGGAGUGGUCUCUUCCUUCCUUCCUCUUCAAAGCAUGAACUGGGUGAGACCCUUUCCUCGCUGCCCCCUCUGUGGGACACUUUGCUCUCCUCCACACAAGCUGCUGCUCGAUGGCUGCUGCAGCUCCUUCUCUUGGUGACAUCAGUGAGCCACUGUUCAAUUCCCAGGGAAUGACAGCUCCUACCUGAAUCAUGAUCCCAGUGGGUGAUACUUUGUGCCACCACUGACAGUUCAUGGAUGGAGGAAAAAAGAAACUUCUCCAGAGCUGAGCUGUCCCUGAAUAUUGAACACUGACUUUGGGGGUGCCCAAACCUGGGGCACAGUGGCUGAAAUGCACUGAGCUCCUCGCUGGCUGCAGCUGCAGCACAAGUUUUGUGGAAUGAGUGGUAUUUAGGGGGAGGUUUUUGGAGCAGAAGUAAUUCCACUGCUAACCUGCACUGAAACAAGUGUUCAUUUGUCUGAUAGUGAAAAUCCUGCAGCCAGCAAAAUCCAGGAGCUCUCUGCAGGCUUGCUGUGGUCUGACUUCCUGCAUUUUCCUAUGUCCUGUCCAUGCUUGGCUUUGCUUUUCUUCACAGAGCUGGUAAUUCUGACUCAUGGCUGACCUGAUGGGUGAUGCUGUUUUGUUUAAAAAGAAGCUGCUGUAAUACUGAAAACAAAACUUUCCUACAUUGGCUUAUGAUUUCAGCUUAACAAGGGUGCACAUUAUGGAAUCCUAGGAUCAUGUGUAAUUUUUUAUUGUUACUAUUUAGUAUCAACAUUGGAACAUUGGCAGCAAAGGGAAACCUUUAAAAACAUAAAACAUAUUUUGGUUCUUUUCUCAUUGCCUGACUUUGGCCCACACAGAAAUAGUUCAGGUCUGCUCCACCUGAAAGUCUGUUUCAGUGGAUUUUUAAUCUGUCCAAGACAAACUUGCUCAGCUCUGCUCAGUGUCCUGGUGCUCACACGUGACUGUUUCUAUUCACAUUUUGGAAUCUGGCUUUGACACAGGUAAUUAGACCACAGCAGUUCCAUCUUUACUCGUAUUUAACUGACGGAUUUCCAAUACAUUGAUCGUUAUAUUAAGUAGGUUUGGGGACAAGUAAUUUGUGAAAAUCAUUAAACAGGACAGAUUGGAACAUCUGCCUGGUGGAGAUGUAACAGAGAGACAGAUCCUGCAGUGUCAGUGACAGGACUCUCCCUGCUGUGCCCAGCUUGAGUGUCCCCACACUGGCAGGGUCAGGAGCAGCCACUCUGCCUGUGCUGCUGCCCAAUCAAGGCCAAUUAAAAGAUCUGUAAUGUGUCCCUGCUUUGGAUAAGAAUACCCCAGGUUUUCACUGAUUGUGGAAGUGCCUAGUGCUGAGUUCUGCCUUGCUUUCCCCAGCAGUCAUCACCCAUCUGCUCAAUGACAGGAUCUUUAAAUGCCUUUUUCUGUUUGGUUGGCUGCUAUUUAGGGUAAGAUAGCUUUUUCUAGAAUAUUCCCAGCAGGCACACAUGAAAUGAAAUUAAAUGAAAUGAGAAGGAAGGUCUGGGUAUAUCAGUGUAACACCUUGAGGAGAAGGGGUUGUUUUCAGUGCUGAUUUUUCCCUUUACUCUUGUGUUUUCAGACACGUUUAUUAGGAUUAAAAUCGAGAGUUUUGCAGGUGUUCCUCACUUUGUUUGCAAAAAUAAACGCUGUGAUUAUUUACUGGCUGCAGCCUCAGAGCUUGGUGAACACAGCCUGUGUUCCUCUUCUCUGCCACAGUGACAAGAACCCCGUGAUGCAGCUCUGCUAGGACUUGGCAAGGAAUUUUUUAUCAAGGAGAAUACAGUACAGAGCAAAAACUGUGAUGAGUUUGUUCAGGUUUCUAUGAAAACCUCCAGGCUCUGCUUCUACUUUUGUGGUUUUUGGAUGGAACAAUCAUUACAAAACAACUGGCAAUUCAGUGCAGCUUCAGAAGGGUCAAUCUCCCAAAAAAUCAAAAAGGGAGGGACCUACAAAAGUUGUUCCUGAAACAUGUACUUAAUGGGAUUUCUUAUGAAUGUAAUGGUUAAUUUUGUAAAGGACUGGAUAAAUACUAUGGAAAGAAACUAUUUGACCUUCUUCUUUGGCUUUUUUGAUUAUUCUGGAAGGUGAUUUUGUGACAUCUAGUAGCCAAUUUGCAUUAAUUGCUGCUGUAGAGACUUUGAAACUGAAAUAUUUGUUCCUUGAAUUUCAGUUUGUAACAAGACCGCUAUACUUUGCUAAAACUGCUUUGAAGCUUGCUGCACUAUAACUUCAAAACAAUGUGUUAUCCUUUGAAAUAAGCCAAAUGUAUAUGCUUUUUAUGAAUUAGUGAGUGCAGUAAGAGAGAAUUCAAAAUCUUGUCAAUAGGAGAUUUUCUGUUGCCAUUGUUUGGACUUGGUUUUCUAUGUGUAAGUUAAAAUUGCUAAAUAAGUCUAACAAUGUUUUGCUUUAAAUGAACAGCAUGGUCAUUGAAUUAUGAUCUCCUGUAGUUUUGUGGUGUCACUGAAGCAGGUUUUACUGGUUUAUUUCAUUUCUGUGAUAAUUCCACGUGAUUCUGUUAUGUCCAGUAAUUAAUUUCUUUUUAUUUAGAGCACUGAUGGCAACAUCAGGCAAUGCAUCACCACUGUCAAAGAAGGACCAAGUCUUGAUUUGCUCUGCACGUUCAAUAGUGCAAGGCUCAGCAGGAGAAUUUGACUGUCAUUUUUCUCAUAUCACUUAGUUUCUGGUUUUUUCCAAGUUAUUUAUUAUUUUUAAUAUUGUAUUUUUCGUUGCAUUUUGUUGUAAAUAAACUACCAACAACUA